AUGUCAACAAAUGGAAGAGAAAAAGUGUCUAAAUAUGGAAACUUAUGCAUUCAUCCGUGGUUAAAGGCACUGCUAAACUGUCUUGAAGUUGGAAAACAGAAUAUGAAUAUGAGACUAAUAUAUUCACUUCUGACGGGACUGGCAAGUUGGGGUUUAUCUGAUACGACAGCUAACGACGAUUCGUCUCAUUAUACUAAUUGUGAAUUAGAAGCUUUGGGUAAGAUUCGUCCAGAUAAUCGUAAGUUAACUUUUCACGAAGGACGGACAACUGUUGUUGUCGAAGAUUCCAGCUCAUAUCACUGUUCAUUCGGUCUUUACACGGAAGAACUAAUUUUUUCUCAUAUUUGGAGGAAGUUCAGGCUCAUCACUGAUAUCAUUGUAUAUGUAUUACUUAUCAUUGCAAGUAUGCUAUUAUUGAUUGGAUUAUCAACUUAUGUGGAAUGGUUGUUACUACCUUGGAUAUUUUUGAUGAUUUUGGAUGUAAUCAGAGGACUAAUUACUGUUUUUUUCAUACUGUCUUUUGCUCAUUGGAAUUUGGUACGUAUUGCCAGUGGAAUUUUUUUCCUUGGAAUGCAGUUUUUCCACAUAUCUCUAGUAAUGAUAAUGAUAGCAAAAUUUCAACGUAUGCACAAUCGCAAGACUGGUAAUGUCAUUGAUACCGAUAAACAGUACGAUUCACGAACUGUUUAUCCAACGUUGCCAUCAAAUUAUGCUUAUUCACCGCAGAUGAGACGAGAUCAGCCAUAUUACACUGAUCAACGUGAUAUCCGAGCUUAUGAUGCCACGUACAGGCAUCAAGCUCGAUGA